GAGCUCUGGCUGCCUAGCUUCGCAUCGCUGCCUGUUGUUGUGAAGCUUCGAGGGGAAACGAGACAUUUUUUUUCUUCUUUUUUCCAGCUGGAAUAUAAAGGAGUUAGCAAGAGACGUUAGUGUGACAGAAAGCCACGCUUGAGGAAGUCUGGAACCGCAGUGGAAACCGACUGUUUGGGUGAAGAAAAGCUAAACUGUCCGCUGAAAAUACCCCCCCAGCAGCAGCAGAGGGGCAAGAAUAGCCUUCACGGUUCCCACAUCACAGCACAUCCACUGCGGCAGCACUGCUCUCUGACUCUGGCGACUACAAACGCUUCAACCACCUUUGGGUUUUUAUGUGUGACUAUUUUGGUGGGAAGAAAAAAAAAAGAUUAGGUGAAAACCCAGCUGCUAAGAGGAACUACCCGCUUGGAGUAUGGAGGUUUGUUAACGCAUUAAAAUGGCUGCUGAGAUGGCAUUUGGGAGAGAAUGGUUCUAAUUCAACGUAUCAAACUGCAAAUGAGCUACUCAGGCUAACAAACUGUAUUAGUUUGGCCUAUGAGAAUAUUCAGCCAGCAGCAGCUUUCGAUUUAACGUUUAUUGUCUCUUUAAAUAGGCGCUUCCGAGGAAGAAGUGGCGAAGGGAAUUCCUCUCAAUCCAAGUCUAUGCAUGCGGUUAACCGAGCAGCUUUAGUAGACACACAUUGCAAUUAUUUUAGGCCUUUUUAAGACUUAAUCGAGUAUGCCCACCACUCAACAAACAUGCAGGACUUCUUUGUUAUAGUUGAAGCGUCCUGAGAGGUCGAGGCGUUCUCUCUGAGAAGGCCCCGCUUGGUCGACCUGGAGGGGAGGAAAAAGGAAGAGGAACCAUGGAGAUUGGAGGAAGAUGUAAGACUAGACAUGUUCUAUUCGGGCCGAAGCUAGUUUCGAGGAGCGAUCCGAGGGGAAUCCACAAAUAUCUGGUGGUGUGUGCUUUGUUUUCCUUCGUGCUGUUAACGCACGCCUCCCCGGCGAAAUCCUGUGACAAGAGCUGUAACUCGGGGAAAUGCAUCAACGGAUCCUGCGUCUGCGAACGAGGAUGGGUCGGAGAUCAAUGCCAGCACUGCCAGGGGAGGUUCAAAUUGACAGAACCCUCAGGCUACCUCACAGACGGGCCCUUCAACUACAAGUUCAAAACAAAGUGCACCUGGCUCAUUGAGGCCUACCCUAAUGCGGUUCUGCGGUUAAGAUUCAACCACUUUGCCACAGAAUGCAGCUGGGACCACAUGUACGUCUAUGACGGGGACUCUGUUUAUGCUCCUCUGGUUGCUGUUUUCAGUGGCCUGAUCGUACCAGAGACCCGAGGUAACGAGACGGUUCCUGAAGUUGAGACGACUUCAGGCUAUGCACUGCUACACUUUUUCAGCGACGCUGCCUACAAUCUGACAGGAUUUAACAUACUCUACUCGAUAAACUCUUGUCCCAAUAACUGCUCUGGACAUGGGAAGUGCACGCCGGGGAACUCGGUCGCCAGCAGAGUGUACUGUGAAUGUGACAAGUACUGGAAGGGCGAAGCGUGUGACAUCCCCUACUGCAGGAACAACUGCGGAAGCCCCGACCACGGCUACUGCGACCUCACCGGCGAGAAGCUGUGUGUCUGCAACGACAGCUGGCAAGGCCCAGAUUGCUCGCUGACUGUACCUUCAACCGAGUCCUUCUGGAUCCUCCCAAGCGUCAAGCCCUUUGGCACCUCCCUCGCCAGGGCUUCCCAUAAGGCCGUGGUGCAGGAGAAGAUCAUGUGGGUGGUGGGUGGAUAUACAUUCAACUACAGCUCAUUCCAGAUGAUUCUCAACUACAAUCUAGAGAGCGGCGUUUGGAACACGGUGCCCAUCACCGGUGGCCCUGUGCCAAGAUACGGACACUCACUUGCUGCCUUCCAGGAUGAUAUCUACAUGUUUGGUGGGAAGCUUGAAGCCAGCUGGGGCAACGUGACAGACGAGCUUUGGGUGUUCAACAUGCCAAGUCGGUCAUGGCAACGCAGAAGCCCCGUCGUCGGCUCGCCGGCCCAGGCUCAUGUUUACGCUGUGGAGGGCCACACGGCCCAUUGCGUGCAGCUGAGCAGUGGCGAGACCAUCAUGCUGGUCAUCUUUGGUUACUCCCCCAUCUACAGCUACAUCAGCAACGUACAGGAGUACAACCUGAGAUCCAAAGUGUGGUUGGUACCUGAGACGAAAGGUGCCGUCCCUCAGGGAGGUUACGGCCACAGCAGCUCGUUUGACAGCUCCAGCAGCAGCGUCUACGUCCAUGGAGGCUAUAAAGCUCUCCCAGCCGGCAAGUAUGGCCUUGUGGAUGACCUCUACCGCUACGAAGUGAACUCGAGGACAUGGUUCAUUCUGCGAGAAAGCGGCUUUCCACGGUACCUGCACUCUGCGGCGCUUCUCAGUGGCACUCUGCUCGUCUUCGGUGGCAACACGCAUAAUGACACGUCACUCAGCAACGGGGCCAAGUGUUUCUCUGCUGACUUCCUUGCAUAUGACAUCGCCUGUGACAAGUGGACAGUCCUCCCCAAACCAGACCUGCACAGGGAUGUCAACCGCUUUGGCCACUCGGCUGUCGUUAGCAACGGGUCUAUGUAUGUGUUUGGGGGCUUUUCCAGUGUCUUGCUCAAUGACGUUCUCGUGUACCGGCCACCCAGCUGCCAGGCCUUCGUGGCAGAGGAGGGGUGUGUGAAAGCCGGGCCGGGGGUCCGCUGCAUCUGGAAUAGAGGCCGCUGUGCCCCCUGGGAGCCCAGCAUGGCCAAUGGCAACUUCUCUCCUGUACCUUUCUGCUCCUAUAAAACAGUGACAGUGGAUGAAUUGUGCUACAAGUUCUCAGACUGUGGGAGCUGCGCGGCAAACACCAAAGGCUGCCAGUGGUGCGAUGACAAGAAGUGCAUCUCCGCCUCCAGCAACUGCACCACUGGCGUGAAGAACUUCACUGAGUGCCCGGUGCGCAUCGAGCAGGUGUGCAGCAAGCUCGCCAACUGCAAGAGCUGCUCGCUGAAUCUCAACUGUCAGUGGGAGCAGAAUCACUCACAGUGCCACUCUUUGCCUGCCCAGCAGUGCAGUGAGGGUUGGAGUCAGGUGGGCGAUGCCUGUCUGAGGAUAAACUCCAGUCACGAGAGCUACGACAACGCCCAGCACUACUGCAAGAACCUCAACGGCAACAUCGCCUCACUCACCACCUCCAAGCAAGUCGACUUUGUACUUGAGGAGCUUAAAAAGCUUCAGCAGCAAGAGAAGCGACUGUCUCCCUGGGUGGGCUUGAGGAAGAUCAACGUGUCAUAUUGGGGUUGGGAGGACAUGUCCCCCUUCACCAAUAGCAGCUUGCGCUGGCUGCCUGGAGAGCCCAGUGACUCUGGUUUUUGUGCCUACUUGGAGGAGCCUCAGGUUUCAGGCCUCCGGGCCAAUCCGUGCACUGCAACUGCUCAUGGCCUCAUUUGUGAAAAAGCCACUGGGAACCCCAAUCAGAGUAGUCGUGGGUCUUGUAAGAAGCCUUGCUCGCUGCACACAAACUGCGCCAACUGUACCAGCCAAGCAAUGGAGUGCAUGUGGUGUGGCAGCACACGGCGCUGUGUGGACUCCAAUGCAUAUGUGAUCUCCUUCCCCUAUGGCCAGUGUUUGGAGUGGCAGACUGCAGACUGUAUGGCUCAGAACUGUUCUGGACUGCGGACGUGCUCCCAGUGCUUGGACCAGCCGGAGUGUGGCUGGUGUGGGGACCCCAGCAGCACAGGGAAGGGCCUCUGCAUGGAGGGCUCCUAUAGGGGGCCCAUGAAAAGAGUGGCUAAGCAAGGCCAGCAGAGCCAAUCCCAUGACAUGAACCUGGAGCCGGCCAGCUGCCCCAAAGACAAAAGCUUCGAGUGGGCCUUUAUUAACUGCCCUGCAUGCCAGUGUAACGGCCACAGCACGUGUGUGAACGGCAGUGUGUGCGAGCAGUGUCGCAACCUCACCACCGGUCCGCACUGUGAGACCUGCAUGCCAGGUUACCACGGAGACCCGACCAAUGGCGGCAAAUGCCAGGCUUGUAAGUGCAAUGGUCACGCAAACGUAUGCCAGGUGUUAACGGGCAAGUGCUUCUGCACCACCAAGGGGAUCAAAGGAGACCAGUGCCAGCUAUGUGACUCAGAAAACCGUUACCUUGGCAAUCCACUCAGAGGAACCUGUUACUAUAACCUCCUCAUUGAUUACCAGUUCACAUUCAGCCUCAUCCAGGAGGAUGACAAGCAUUACACCGCCAUUAACUUCAUGGCCUCACCUGAGCAGGCAAACAAGAAUUUAGACAUGUCCAUCAAUGCAUCAAACAACUUUAACCUCAACAUCACGUGGUCUGUGGGCUCAACGGCUGGGACCAUUUCUGGAGAGGAGGUUCCCAUUGUGUCAAAAACGAACAUUAAGGACUACAGGGACAGUUUCUCCUGUGAAAAAUUCACCUUCAGAAGCAACCCUAACAUUACCUUCUAUGUAUACGUCAGUAACUUCUCAUGGCCCAUCAAGAUCCAGAUUGCCUUCUCCCAACACAACAGUAUUAUGGACCUUGUCCAAUUCUUUGUAACGUUUUUUAGUUGCUUUCUGUCUCUGCUCCUGGUGGCAGCAGUGGUGUGGAAGAUCAAACAGACCUGCUGGGCGUCACGACGCAGAGAACAGCUGAUGAGAGAGCGCCAGCAGAUGGCCAGUCGUCCAUUUGCAUCCGUCGCCGUUUCGCUGGAUGCCAGAGGAGAGCUAACAGAAGUCCUGCAGCCGUUAGUUGACGGUGCGCCUAAACCAGUUGCAAUGGAGCCAUGUUUUGGAGGGAAGGCUGCUGUGCUAACUGUCCUCAUGCGUCUCCCGUCUGGACUUUCUGACCUGCCUCCACCUGGACAGUCAGGACUGAUUGUCGCCAGUGCGUUGGUAGACAUCUCACAACAGAAGCCAUCAGAUUUCAAGGACAAGUCCCAAGCUUUAAAGAACCGAAAAGCUCUUCCUCCAGCUCACCAAGGGACCUGCGUCUGACUCCAUCCGGCGGUUACGUUUCUGACCAACCGCCAUGUCAUUCCAGCAUGUUUCAGGUCUCACAACUGGAAGCCUUUCCACAGACUUGACCUGCUUAAGAGACUUGUAGGAGAUUUAUUUUGGCUGCUAACAUUCACCACUACAGCUCCCACUUUGCGUGAGCGCAGUCCCUUAUUUACGAAUAUGCCGACACCAGAAAUCCAUGGCAGCGACUGAUCCAGGCCAGGCUUCAGUUUCUUCACUUUCGCUCGGACAGCUCAGUCUACACUUAACGAACAUCUGUCAUGUUUUCCACAAAUUAUGGCAGAUCCACACUCAUUGAAGUACAACUGAUGAAGGUUUUUUAUUUGAAAAGCAUGAAGGAAAUGUAAAUGCGCAUUUGGGAAUGUCACAAGCUGACCAAAUUUCCUCAUAUGAUCAAAAACGGUUGGUAGAUGUCCAAUAUGUGCACCCUGUAUAAUUUUUUACUUUUCUUUUGCGCACCAGUAAGUGGUACAUUUGGGUGCCAAAUCAUUCAGAUUUCCCUGGUUUGUCUUUUUUUGUUGUAAAGAAUUUAGACUUGAAAAGGUCUCAACUUAACAACCCAUAAUUAUAUUGCAAACCAUGACAACUUGAGCAUUUUCUGCAAUUUUUAAGCAUAAUUGUUCAUUUGCAUAAGACUCCUCCAUCCAGCAAAAGCUAAAGUCUGUAUUUUCUGUGGGAUACAUGAACUAAUGCUGCAGAGGAGAGUCCCUUCUCGUGACAUGCCGGGUGAAGACGUGAAGGAGCCACGAAGAAAUCAUUCGUCAUUGAAUUAUGGCAUGAAAAUCUAGAAGAAGUUGGAUGCAUUUUAUUUGGGAAAAAUGUAGUUAUGUUCAUUUUUUUCUCUCGGUGUAGUCACUGUUCAAUAAACAGAAAAAACACUGAAGUUACUGUAGUUUGUAAUAAAAGGUUUUGGACGUUUUGAUGCUUUUGAACCGAGAUUGGGAUGGUGGACAUUUCAAGAGGCUGCUCCAGAGAAGUCCUGCUCUUCUAGCUGUUUACUAGUUUGUUUUGUAAGUUUUAUAUGACAAAAAAAAGAAGCUAUAACUUUAUUUCACCUUUUAAGUACAAUGAGUUGUGCUAAUAAUAAGAAUGCCUUUGCUCUUCAUGAGCUCAAAUGGGAGCAUGAAAAUCUGAAGGAGUUUCACAUCUGUACAGUGUCUCGUUGGAACAAAUGUGGGUCGUCUUCUUGCGCAAUUGUUUUUUUUUUUUCGUCAGGUUUUCAUGAAACUGGUGAAAACCUUUUGUUAAUUUCAGGCCUUGUCACCUGAUACUAUUAUAUCUAUAAUAAAUUAUCGGUUUGCUACA